UAUACUCUUCUUCCGGUAUAAAAACAACCCCCUUUUUUUUUUUCCUUUCUUCUUCUCACACUCUAAUGACUUGGAUGGGAGAGGUCCGAAGAUUCUACCGCGUGAGCUCCGCGUUCUAUCCACUAUUUUGUUUUGCAUAAAAAAAUCCUAGACGAUUACUUACUCCGAAUGUGGUAGCGAGAGGUGGGAUGAGUCGAAGCAGGAAGGGCGAAGACGACGAUUCGGUUGUGAAAGGGGGAAUGGAGGAGGAGCUUUCAAACCGACCAUGCGCAACUUCUCAUACACUUCCUGAUGAAACAAGUUACAUCGCCUUGGAGAGGCAGCUAGAGUUAGAGAAUAAACAUUUUGAACACUCCUGGACCGAAAUUUCCGAGAAGAGAAGCUCUCUUGUUAAUGUGUGGAUUUGAAGAGUUUCUUUUUUUUGAUGAAAAAUUUGAAGAGUUUCUUGGUAAAACAAUGAUUAGUAGAAUCCGAAACUACAAGAGUUUUUUUUUCUUCCUAAUUUUUAUUUUUUCCUUAAUUUACCAAAAAAAAGGUUUUUUUUCCCCCCUCCUCCUCGGAGUCACUGUCUGCUGCACGUACUCGGAAGUUUCGCUUCCAAUUAGACGGUUUCCUUCGUUACUAAGCUUCCCAGCUUAUCUUUGUGGUGUUUAAGAGCUUUGUGUCUUAUGAAUAUAAUUCGAUCUGCAGCAACCCCAUUUCUGUCUGUACCUAAAUUUGGGGGUGUUAUCUUUAGAUUAUUGGAGGUGAUGGGAGGGGCAAGCUCGAGAGUUGUUAACGAGUGGAAACAUAGGUCCCCUUCUUUUCAUGGCCGUAACUGUGAUAGCAGAAUGGAUGUGAUGCAUUCGAGAUAUUCAAGAAUAGACGAUAACUAUACUAGCUUGAACGAGGUCACUGAUGCUCUUCAACAAGCUGGGCUUGAGUCUUCGAAUCUUAUUGUUGGUAUUGAUUUCACAAAGAGCAACAACUGGACAGGUAAAUAUUCAUACAACGGCCGCUGCUUGCAUGACACUGGUGCUACUCAGAAUCCCUACGAACAAGCAAUCAGUAUUAUUGGACAAACCUUAUCACCAUUUGACGAGGAUAACUUAAUUCCGUGCUUUGGUUUCGGAGAUGCAUCAACACAUGAUCAAGAUGUUUUUAGUUUCUAUCCAGAUAAAAGGCCAUGUAAAGGUUUUCCAGAAGCUUUAUCACAAUACCGAAAAAUUGUCCCGCAUUUGUGUUUUGCUGGACCAACAUCUUUCGCUCCAAUAAUAGAAAUGGCUAUGAACAUUGUGGAACAGAGCGGUGGGCAGUACCAUAUUUUGUUGAUAAUUGCUGAUGGGCAGGUUACAGGAAGUGAAAACAGUGAAUCUGGCCGGUUAAGCUGGCAAGAACAGAAGACUGUUGAGGCUAUUGUAAAAGCUAGUGGAUUCCCUCUAUCUAUUAUUUUAGUUGGUGUUGGGGAUGGUCCUUGGGAUAUGAUGAAGAAAUAUGACGAUUAUAUUCCUGAGCGAUCGUUUGACAAUUUCCAGUUUGUAAAUUUCACGGAGAUAAUGUCAAAGAAUGUGCCGCAAUCCAUAAAGGAGUCAGAUUUUGCUCUGGCAGCUUUAAUGGAAAUACCAUCACAAUAUACAGCAACUCUAAAUCUUGGCAUCUUAGGUAGCAGGGCUAUAAUUUCUCCAAAGAGGACCCCUUGUCUCCCACCUUAUGGAAGUUAUGCUGCAGCCUUUUCUGUGUCAGAUACCUUCAGAUCAACUAGUUUCCCACAGAGCGUGCUGCAUAUGUCUGGAUAUAAUUCUAUACGGGCAUCAGCUCCACCUGCAGCAAGUCCUGCUUCCUGUAAUAAGAUCUGCUCAGUUUGCUUUAUGAACCCCAAAGACAUGGCCUUUGAUUGUGGUCACCAGACAUGCUAUGGAUGCGGACUCAACCUCCAAGCGUGCCCCAUCUGUUAUCGCAAUAUCACAAAAAGAAUCAAGCUCCAUUAAGGCUUGUCGUAUGAGUACGAAAAUUCUGCUUAUCAAUUCAGCUACGCUCAAAUUGGCUGCAAUAUCUGACAUAACCUCUCCUGAUUUGAUCAGCGUUACCUCUUGUAUGUACUGAUCCAUGCCUAUGGGACCUUGGUGAUUAGCUUUGUGAACACUGUGACAUCUUAAUCUGCAUGCUAUCUGUAGGAUGUGACUCUGAGAGAUGAAUUGAGCAUAUGAUUAAGAAAUUUUACUAUGACAGGCAAAAUAUAAUGCCUUGCCAAAUAUUCAAAUAGCUUGUUGUUAAAUAUUUGAUAAAUGAUAGAAAUCAUAUCUUUCUUCAAGAA